AUGUCGACUUGUACCACCGCGCAGACGACUUCUACUCCCACCCCAUCGUACGCAGAUUUGUGUGCGACUCCUCUUCAACCUGGUGUCGCGAUCACAGUGUCCAUCACCCUCUCCAUCGCGUUCGCCUUGAUCUUCUUCCUUCGCUACAACCAGCGCUUUGGUUGGCCUGCCACCCUAGUCAUCCGCAAGGCGUUCCGGACCCAGUCCACGGCCGUUCUCCCCACCACGGUCCGCUACCCUGACAGGCGUGCUCGGAGCAACACACUCUCCCGCAUCCCACUCUUCAUCGCCAUCCCCUACCCUUCCUCCCAAGGACUGUCGGCGAGCACGGUGGACCUGGAGUUAGCGGGAGAUGUCGCCAGUCCGACCAGCACGGUCGUCGAGCCCUCCUCCUCUGCCGUUACCCUCUCGGACGCAGAUGGCCUCAACACCGCAACGCCCAUCUCUCCCAUCGCAGUCCCCAUCGCCGCCGUUGUGACGCACUGA